AUGAAACUCAAGUCAUUCGCCACCUUUGGUACCUUUCUCUGCACAUCGCGUGUAACUCUCGCAAACUCUGGAGUCCUUGACCAGAUCUCCCUUAUUUAUGAGUUUCCAAACAAUACUUGGGUGGAGAAUAUCGCUGCUAGAAAUAACGGGGAACUUCUCUUGUCAAUUGUUGGAACACCACAACUAUUCACCAUUGACCCCUCGGCUCCCAGCCCCAGACAGCCGGUUUUGAUUCAUGAGUUUACAGACUCUCUUGACGUGUUUGGCAUUGCAGAAUACCAGACCGACAGGUUUGCUGUUCUGACUGGGAACUUCUCAUUUGAGACUGGGGAUUUAGGUCUUGGAUCUUGGGCUGUAUGGAGCGUGGACUUGAAUGGAGUCAAAAUCUCAAUACAAAACGAAGAGCCGACGCUAUCUUCAACUCCAAAAGUUGCAAAAAUCGCCGAUAUACCGCCUGCACAAAUUUUGGACGGCCUCACUCUGCUAUCUCAAAAGCAGCAAAGACUUCUGAUGGGCGACCUAAGCGCUGGGGUGAUAUAUCGACUGGAUAUUGGGUCGGGAGAUGUUGCAACUGUAUUAAAUGACACUUUCACUGCUGCUGUUCCAAUCCCGCAUUUUGCCCCUUCCGGGGUUGACGGACUACAUGUGCGAAAUGGCGAGUUAUUCUUCUCAAACGUGGGCCAGCAAAAGCUCUUUAAAGUUCCCAUUGAUGAAGACGGUACGCCCUCUGGACCUGUCACGGUUGUGGCAAGUGCACUCUCGACCCUGGAUGGAUAUGAUGACUUCACGUUCGAUUGCGCUGGUAAUAUCUUCGUAACAACUGGAGGCGGAAACUCAAUUGAAAUGAUCUCUGCCGAUGGUAGUCAACAAGUCAUUAUCGCUGGCGAUGUCAAUUCGACUGCAAUUGCAGAGCCAACGUCUUGUGUGUUUGGUCGCGGCUUACAUGAUAAAAAUGUGCUGUAUGUUGUCACUGCUGGAGGACUUGGUUUACCAGUCAAUGGAGAUACUAUCAUCGGAGGCCAACUUGUGGCUGUUAAAACCACUUCAAUUGGAUCUGCUUGCUAA